GCAGUCGGUGUCAUGGGAUGGGCCUGUGUCGGCGUCAGCCCGCGGGUGUGCGGAGCUUCUCCCUUUGGACCGAAAACAGGAAUCUAAACACCGACCACGGGGAUUAUGUUUCCUCUACAAUGCAGCUGUUAUUCAUGAAAACUCGUUUUCACACUUCAGACUAAUAACACAGCGGCUGCUGUUGACGAGCAGAGGUAGUUUGUGUCAUUACAAGAAGUAAAGGAAUGCUCAGGAAGGAAAACUCUCGGUCAUACCAAGAGUUAAAUGAUGAUAAUGAUGAAGAUGGAGGUGACGCUCGGUCUGAAGGCUACUUUGACGAUGUCGCUGAGCAGGUGGAGCCGUACGGCAGCAUCUCAGAAGAGGACGACCUCAGAGGAAGCAGUCCGUCGAUGCGAUUCAGUAAAGCCUGUCUAAAGAACGUCUUCACCGUGGUGCUCAUCUUCAUCUACCUGCUGCUGACAGCCGUGGCCGUGUUCCUGGCCUACCAGACCAUCUCCGAGUUUUUGGAGAAACUUAACCACCCCGUAAUGUCUGUCACCUACAAAGAGGUCGACUCCUUCUCACCCCCAGGGAUCGCUCUGUACCCUGGAAAAGCUAAGCUGCUGAGCUGCAAACAUCACUACCACGACUACAUCCCACCGUUAGUGGACCCGGGCAAGCCUCAGAAGGGAGACUGUAAGACUAGAGAAGUGACUUACAUCGGACCGUUUACCAACGAAACAAAGAAGACCGCUCUGGUGGUCAGAGGUCCGUCUGAUGUCAGAAACAAGGAGCUGAUCUUCAUGCAGUUCAGUCAUAAUGAGACAGAAGAGGACUUCAGCGCCAUCACUUACAUGCUUUUUGCCAAGUUUAGUGACUUGACUGGCAGUGCAAAUGAAUCCGAGUUUAUGAGGGACUGUGAGAGGAAUUACUCCAUGUGGACCUUCUCUGGAGGAUUUAGAACCUGGGUCAAGAUGUCUUUAGUGAGGACGUCGGGGAAAAAGGACGAAGCUGUCGAGUUUCGGCAAGAGUCUGCCGUGGUUAAAUUCAAUGACAAAAGGCCAGAAUCAGAGAGAACCAAUCAGCUCUUCUUCGCUGUCUUUGAAUGGCGGGAUCCAUACAUGCAAGAAAUCCGACUGAUCGUGACUGCGAAUCCCUGGAGCUCCGUGGCCAUCCUCUGCGGGGUCUUCAUGGCUCUCUUCAAGGCUGCUAACUUUGCCAAACUCACCAUUCAGUGGAUCAUCAGGAUGCGCAAGAGGCAUCUGAGGAAUAAAGCUCGGGAAAUGAACCCAAUAACCGAUAACUGAACAAGACGGCACAAAUUAUCCAAGUGAAUAAUCUGACAUGAUUGGUGUUUUCAUUUUUUAAUCACUGCUAAAGAUGUUCACUCAGGAAUGUUUGUAACAUGACACACAGUGAAAAGCUCAAACCGAUGUUACUGCUAGUUCAUCAUUUCUUUUAAAAAAAUGGCCAGUUUGUCGAGAAUUUAGUGAAUUUUUUAAUUGUUGUUGCAUUUCAAAAGAAGACGUACAUCAUCAAUAUUUCAUAAACAUUCCUGGAAAUGCAGUUUUUGUACGCACAGAGAUGAAAAAUGUUGCUGAAACCAGAGACACCUGAAAUGUUUGAGAGCUUUAAAGAGAGAAAAUGUGAACUUUGGUCAAUAGGUUACUGCAUUUAUUUGGAUUCUGUUAUUCUAAAGGGAAUAUUGUAGCAUAUGUUUAUGUCCUAUUCAUGUCAAGAAGCAUCCAAAUAAAACUAGAGGGAUUACAAUGAGCUGCUUUUCUUCUAUCAGAGUGAUCUGCUGUUUAUUUGUGUGCUCUAAACUUUGUCUCAACACUGUUGUUUCAUUUGAUUUUAACAUAUCAGCGUGUGCAUUGUUGUUCAGAUGUACUUGAAUUCGUGUCUUAAUUGCAUUGUUGUUGUAUGCCACACGUUAUGUUUUUAGAA